ACUAAGAUGUCUACACCGAGAGGGAAAGACAGAGUGAGAGAAAGCAACACAGGGAGAUACAGACAGGGAGAAGAGGAAAAUGGAAAUAACCCCGUUGGCCCAAUGUGAGCCAGGAAUGGGGUGGAAGAUGGUGUGUAGCUGGGGGAGAGCCAGCAGAGCCUCACAUGGCGAAGCACACACUCCCAUGUCCCAUGCCUGCCCUCACUGACAAGGCAGGGACAGACUCACCUCGUGGCAGCAAUGGCUUUCCUGACCUCAACCAACCCCCCCAGCCGGAGGAUGUGCUCUGCUCUCUGGUUUCUCAUCUUGUUGCUCCCGGAGGCCAAAGCGGACGAUGUGAACACUUUCACAGCACGCAUCGGUGGAGGUUCCCAGUGUGGCGAGUACACGAACCAGCUGAUGGAGGAUGGGACGUGUCGGCUGGUGGCCACUCUGCCUCAGAUGGACGAGCGGAGGUGUCCGGAUAUGUUUCGCUGCACAGAUGAGGUCUCCUACUGGCUGCACGAGAACGAGGAGAGGAAGCAGCAGAUCAUGACGCUGAAAGAAACCAUUUCUGAGCUGCAAGAGGAGCUGAGGAAUCACCGGCAUCGCAUCAAAGUCCUCGAGCUGCAGAGUGAAGAGAGGCUCCAUCUGAACAUCUCUCUGGAGCAGCGUUUCCAUGAACUGGAGGUGCACUAUGCGGAAGCCACCUCCUUGUUGCAUUUGCAGGGGACUCUGAUCCUGGACCUGCAGAACCAACUACAUAAUCUGACACUGUUAAUGGAUAAAGUGAAUGGAAGCCCCGCAUGUUCCAUCAAUAUCGUCCGACCCAAUCCUCUUCUGAACACUCAAGAAGCUCUGCACCCAGAGAUCCAUCACGUGGGGAACUGUCCCAUAGACUGCGCCUCUGUCUACUUCAACGGAGUGAGAAGAUCAGGGCUCUAUACUGUGAUGCCAUCCAUGGCUGGCAUGCCUGUGGAAGUUUACUGUGACAUGGACACAGAUGGUGGUGGCUGGACCGUGAUCCAGCGGCGAGUUGACGGCUCAGUGAGUUUUGACCGCAGCUGGAGGGACUACAGAGAUGGAUUCGGUGACUUACAUUCAGAAUUUUGGCUGGGCAACAACCACAUACACGACCUGAGCACUCAGGGAGACUACGUCCUCCGCAUCGACCUGGAGGACUGGAGCAUCCAGCACAAAUACGCCCUCUACCAGAGCUUCAGCGUGGAGGAUGAGGAGCAUCAGUACCGCCUUCACGUGUCAGGCUUCAGCGGUACAGUGCAGGACUCUUUCAGCUGGUAUCAUGACAAGCAGAGCUUCAGCACACCAGACAGUGGCAACAUCUGUGCUGAGAUCUCGCACGGCGGCUGGUGGUACAACCAGUGCUUCUAUGCCAACCUCAAUGGCGUCUACUACAGGGGAGGCCAUUACACGCCAAAAGGGAGGGGCCCGCUUGGUCCCGAUGGGAUCGUUUGGUACUCCUGGAAAGACUCGGAUUAUUACUCCCUACGCAAAGUCAGCAUGAUGAUCCGACCUCGGAGCUUCCAAACACAUCUGUCACCCUGAACUGCGGUCACCAGGACGACAGUCUGGAUGCAAGAACUUGCAUCUCUCGCUGCACAUGACAAGACUUCCUGUGUAGCAACUGGAGAAUCACGGUGCUGAGGAUUUCCAGUCAAUGACAAAAAGACAAGACUAUGCAUGUGGAACCUCUUUUGCUGUUUUCAAACUAUAAACAAAUGCAAAUGGACACUCGAAAUACGACAUAUUUUAUACUAUUUUUUUUUGUACUUUAGUUUGAUACUAUUUGUGACUUUUUGCAAACCAGCCAAGAAAAGGAAAUUGCAUGAUUUGGAUGAAGCAACCCACAGUUUGGGCAAGUUUCAAGCAAAAAUGAUGAAUCCCCAUCUCAUACUCUUUAUUUAUGACACGUGCGUUUCUUUCCGUCUAUGGUUACUCCUCUCAGUUGCAGUCUCUCUGAAGCUGAUCCAGCAAUGAAUAUACAGUAACUUAAGCUAUUGAAAUAAAAAGUUUUUAAGCUGGGAUUUAUGAGAAUGCACUUAUGUUUGAACCCAUGUAGGAUUUCAUUUAGGUCCACCUGGAAGGUGUCAUUCACUCAUGGAAAAAUAGGGCUCUUCAUGAUUUCUACAAAUCCAUCUUUUCUAUUUCCAGACUCUACUUGUAUCUUUAACAUGAAAACAAAAACGUGGGGAUUUGGUACACAAGCUGAUUUUUUUCA